GCAGUUGCAGGGCAGGGGACCGCUCUGGGGUGUAAGCCCAAAAAUAAGAGUCCAGGACUGACCGACGGCUACUUGCUCCUCAAUCCUCAUUUGGAACCCUCUUGAUAGUCGGUAGCAAAGGUCGCGCGAGCGAAGAAAGAGAAGGAAGGCUUCGAUCUCGCGCAAAUGGCGGUGACGCUUCACACCAAUCUCGGUGACAUCAAGUGCGAGAUCUUCUGCGACGAGGUCGCCAAAGCGGCGGAGAAUUUUUUGGCACUAUGUGCCAGUGGAUAUUAUGAUGGGACCAUAUUUCAUCGUAAUAUUAAGGGUUUUAUGAUCCAAGGUGGAGACCCAACAGGCACAGGGAAAGGAGGGACCAGUAUAUGGGGCAAAAAGUUCAAUGAUGAGAUAAGAGAGUCCCUCAAGCACAAUGCAAGGGGUAUAUUGUCAAUGGCCAAUAGUGGCCCCAACACUAAUGGAAGCCAGUUCUUCAUUACGUAUGCAAAACAACCUCAUCUCAAUGGAUUAUACACAAUCUUUGGCAAAGUAAUUCAUGGGUUUGAAGUCCUGGAUCUCAUGGAAAAGACUCAGACUGGACCAGGGGAUCGACCUCUUGCAGAAAUCAGGAUCAAUAGAGUGACAAUACAUGCCAAUCCACUUGCCGGCUAAUCUUUAUUCUAGUAGGGUAUUUGUAAGUUGUAUGCUUGAUUACAUGGAGGGCAGGGUGGUAAGGUCUCUCUCAUGGAACAUAAAUUUAUGUUUUGCCCGUCACUCUCUGUCAGAUGCGGUAGAAACACUUGAAUGAAGGGCAAAAGCAAGUGCUAAAGAAUAUAUAUUCUAUUUCUCUAA